AUGAUUACAAUCACUACCGUUAGUCAAUUAGAGCAAUACCGUGACUCUCUUGACGGCACUAUUGGGUUUGUCCCCACUAUGGGGGCAUUACACGAAGGUCACUUUUCAUUGGUGCGUCGUUCGAUUGCCAACAAUGAUCAUACUGUUGUCUCGAUUUUCGUCAAUCCGACUCAAUUCGGCCCUACCGAAGACUUAGAAACUUAUCCAAGAGACAUCGCCCGCGAUGCUGCACAACUGGAAAAACUCGGUGUUGAAUGCCUGUUUGCUCCAAUUUCACCUAGUGAGAUUUAUCCGCUGGGACGGGAAAGGGGUCCCUUUGUAGAUGUGAAACUGGGUUGGGCUACUGAAGGGCUCGAGGCUCGCACUAGACCUGGUUUCUUCAAAGGGGUCGCUACCGUUGUGACAAAACUAUUACUGCUAGUGCGUCCCGGAACCGCUUACUUCGGCCAGAAGGACUGGCAGCAGCUUGCGGUAGUGAGAGCGCUUUGCGAAGGUCUUUUUCUCCGUGUGAAAAUAGAAUCCGUCGAGACAGCGAGGGAGCCGAAUGGCUUGGCACUUUCGAGCAGAAACUCUUAUCUGGAGCCCUCGGCAAGAUCGGCUGCUUCCGAUAUCUACAAAGGAUUACUCAAAGCAGCCAAAUGUGCAACACUGGGAAUGAAAAAAGAGUAUCUGUUCGAACAGAUCGAACAAUCGUGGCAGCAACGUCUGACGAGCGGCCAAUUUCAAAUUGACUAUCUUGAGCUGUGUACUCCCGAACUUAAACCGAUUGACACAGUGCACAGUAAUUGCGUGGUGCUCUGCGCUGUUUACGUGAACGGAGUAAGGCUCAUCGAUAAUAUUUUGAUAACCGCAUAA